AGGUUUGCUAAGUUUAUGUUUGCCGCUAAUGCAUGGGUGUGAUCCAUAUGUAACCUCUCUUUCUCCCCCUUUCCUAGGUGUGUUCUUCAGAAAGUACACAGAAGAGCAGGGGAGAAAGCUAGGAGUCGUUGGCUGGGUGAAGAACACGACUUGGGGAACGGUGACUGGACAAGUUCAAGGGCCAAAAGAGAAAGUGGACAUCAUGAAGAACUGGCUACGUACUGUAGGAAGCCCCAUGUCACGGAUCGACCGCACUGUGUUCUCGAACGAAAGAGAGAUCACCGGUCUGGAGUUCCAAGCCUUCAGCACCAAGUAUUAGAGGCUGUUAGCUGGUCUGUUCAUUCACUUUUGGGGUGUGUGUGUGUCAGUUUGCACCACCUGCACAGGGCUGGCGAGAUGCGGGGUAGGCCAGAAGCCCCUCCCCGCAGGAUAUGCUUACACCCUCUUCUUCCUGCCCACCAUGUUUAUGAACCUUAGGACCUUCUAAUCCCUUACACACAGGCAUGGUUCAUAAAAGGCUUUUGAAUCAAACCUCUUAUGGGUUCCAGUUGUCCUGUCUUCUCUCCCUCCUCCCCGUCAACAUCAGUUCAGCAAGAAUGUUAGCUCAUUAAAGAUUGUUUUUAAAA